GGCCAAUCAAAUUAUCAUUCAUCAAUGAUAUAAUUCAGGGCAUGAGAUAUUUACACCAAUGUAAAUUUAUCAAUGGUCAUGGAUGGCUAAAUUCACGAAAUUGUUCAAUAAAUGAACAUUGGCAAGUGAAGAUUCAUAAUUUUUGUUAUCAUAAUUUAAUAACCAACAACAGGAAUAAUAAUAAUAAUAAUGAUGAUGAUAAUCAGCAACAGCGGCAACGACAACAACAAAUGUUAUUGAUAGCGAAUAAAGAAGAUUUUCUAUUUUUAUGGAUGUCACCCGAAUUAUUACGUUCAUCAUCAUCAUCAUCAUCAUCAUCAAAAUCGGAUAAUAAUGUUGACGUUGAUUUUGUAAAUUUACGGAGAAAUGACGUCUAUAGUUUUGCAAUGAUUGUUUAUGAGAUAACAAGUCAACGGAUACCCUUUAGCGAUUAUUUUAUUGACGAUGAUAAUAAUAUAGAAAUCAUAUUGAAUCUUAUCAAAUAUGGCAUAUUGUACCGGAAUAAUCAAUCGAAUAUGAUAUCCGAACAAUUACGUAAUGAAUCAAUGCCAUUACGUCCACGAUUAUGCGUACAUUUAAUGAAAAAAAUCAAAUAUCAAUAUUUAGCCAAAUUGAUUGAUUGUUGUAGUCAAGAGAAUCCUGUACAACGACCCGAUUUCGAGAUGAUCGAUAAUUAUUUUCAAAAUACUCUUAAAAAUUUCAGACAAAACUCAUUCGAAAUGUUGAUCAAUAAAUUGAACAAAUAUCGAUAUUUAAUCGAUGAUCGUGUUCGAAAACGAACGGAAAUAUUGAUGGCCGAAAAUAAAAAAUGCAAUGACUUAUUAUAUCGGAUGUUUCCAAGAUCGAUUGUGAAAUCAUUGAAAAAUGGUGAAUACGUCAAACCAGAAAAAUAUGAUAGCAUUACCAUAUUGUUUAGCGAUAUAGUUGGCUUUACAACGAUUGCUUCAUAUUCUGAGCCACAUGAAAUAAUGGCCAUAUUGAAUAAUUUAUUCGUUGUAUUCGAUAAAAUUGUUAACAAAUAUGAUAUUUAUAAAGUAGAAACUAUUGGUGAUGCUUAUCUAGCCGUUUCUGGACUACCGAAUCGUAAUACAAAUCAUGCUGAACAAAUAUCAAUGUCGGCAUUAGAAUUUAUUGAUUAUACUUCACAUUUCAAGAUUGAUCACAUGCCUAACAUACCAUUGAGAAUACGUGUCGGAAUACACACGGGAAGCGUUAUCACUGGUGUUAUUGGCCUAAAUAAUCCUCGUUAUUGUAUAUUUGGUGAUUCGGUCAAUAUAGCAUCACGAUUAGAAUCAACCGGAUUUCCGAAUUCAAUUCAUAUAAGUCAUUCAACGAGAAAUUGUCUAAAACAAUACAAUGGUUUUAUAAUUAAAUAUCGUGGCACUAUUUCACUUCAAGGACGAGGCCAAUUCGCUACAUAUUGGCUACUUGGUCGUAAAGAUAGUGAUAAUAAAUUGCUAACCAUUCCAAUCGAAUCCAAUGAUCCGAGUAAUCAUGGAAUUUCGGAUGAAACAGAUUUCACAUCAAUUGGAUUAAGUAAACAGCUACUUUAAUCGAGAAUAAUUAUUAGAUAGAAUAACGCUGUUAAUUAUUUAAAAACAUACAAAUUAGAAUAUAGUUUACAAAUUUAUCAAAUCAACAAAACAAAACAU